AUGCUUGAAGAAAAGAAACAAAAAGUUAUAACAGAAGUGAAAAUAUUAUCAAAAAUGAACUCCGAUUUUGUGGUUAAAUAUUACAACUCGUGGUCUGAAGGGAAACAUGUGUUCAUUCAUAUGGAGUAUUGCUGUCAAACACUCGCGACUGUAAUCAAAGACAAAGCCAUAGUAUUUGGCAGACAAUCGUCGGAAGCAAUGAAUUUAUACGAGUAUUUCAUUUCGUGUGAAAUACUUCGGGAACUCUUGCAAUGUCUGCAAUACAUCCAUGACUUGAAUCCACCGGUCAUUCACCGGGACUUAAAACCUGCAAAUGUUUUAAUCGUAAACAACACUAAUAAUAACCGGUUUAUAAAAUUAUGUGAUUUUGGUGUAGCCGUUGAGCACAACAUGGUAUCGAUGAGCCACACGUCAAGUGUCGGGACCUCACAAUAUAUGGCACCCGAAGUGUUUCAGAGCCGAUACACCACUAAAGUAGACAUUUAUAGUCUGGCAUUGUUAAAAUGCUAA